AUGCUCACAGAAUGUGACCUCUUGUCAAGAUACGAGGGCAUACCAAGCACAUGGAGGAAUACGGAAGAAGCCCACACAGACAACCCAAUCAUUGCAGCGGAAUGGAAACUCAGAGAAGACGAAGCACCGCCCUGGCCCAGACAGCACCUACUACCCACUGUGAGAGGCGACCGGAUUACAACACGCACAGAACUAGCGCAAAUAUGCGACACUGCAAGAGCAGCAUGGAUCAUUGGAAGAUCCCUAGACACCAUUGUGGACAGCUUCGAACUACUGGGAGGAACCAUCAUGCUAACAGCUAGCACCAGCGAGGAGGAAUAUUGGCAGCUACAACACGACAUACCAAACAUUGGAACGUUUGCCAAAAGGCUGGUCAACAACACAGCACAACCGCCAGUAGAAUAG